CCUUCCGCGUGAUUGUCAGUGCUGUGUGGUGCUCUCCAUCCUCCGUCGUCUCCGCGGCAAUUUUUGUUCCCCGUCUCCGGCGGUGGUCCCUAAAGCUGAGAAUGUUCCCAGAACUCAAUAACCUUCUCAACACCACCCCUGACAAGGUGGAGCAGGGGAAACUGACUCUACUCUGUGAUGCCAAGACAGAUGGCAGUUUCCUUGUGCACCAUUUUCUCUCCUUCUACCUCAAAGCUAAUUGUAAAGUCUGUUUUGUGGCACUCAUCCAGUCAUUCAGUCACUACAAUAUCGUGGGACAGAAGCUGGGUGUCAACCUGACCACGGCACGGGAACGCGGGCAGCUUGUGUUCCUCGAGGGUCUCAAGUCCUCGGUGGACGUCUUCUUCCGGGCUGAGGAGGAGCCACAUCCCCUGCAGUUCCUCAGGGAUGCCAACACUGGGAACCUGCAGCCGCUGUACGAAUUUGUGCGGGAGGCCCUACAGCCUGUGGACAAUGGGGAGGCCGCCUGGAGGUGCCCGGUGCUGCUGGUGGAUGACCUCAGUGUGCUGCUGAGCCUGGGCAUGGGGGCGGUGGCUGUACUGGACUUCAUCCACUACUGCAGAGCCACCGUGUGCUGGAAACUACAGGGAAACAUGGUAGCCCUUGUGCACGACAGUGGAGAUGCCGAGGAUGAGGAGAACGACAUCCUGUUAAAUGGCCUUAGUCACCAGAGCCACCUGAUCCUGCGGGCCGAGGGCCUGGCCACUGGCUUCUGCAGGGACGUGCAUGGGCAGCUGAAGGUCCUGUGGAGGAGACCACCACAGCCCACAGCCCAGCGGGAUCGGAGUCUCACUUACCAGUACAAGAUACAGGACAGGAGCGUAUCGUUUUUUGCCAAGGGACUGUCUCCUGCUGUUCUGUGACCUGACCGGGGCUGCCGAAGCUCCCUUGAGCUGGCUGUUUUCGGAGAUAGAAGACAAAACAACCAAGCAGGAAUGGAUCUUUACACCUUUGUAGUGGUAUUUCAGGCUGGACUGGCGGCUCCACUUGGACCCAGGGAUGGCUUAGUGGUGCUGUGACGGUGUGCCUUUGUUCCCCUGGGCUCUGCUCAGAAGACAGAUGAGGAAUCUGCAACCCUGCCUCUGCCAAGAGGGACACUGUGUGUUGAACCCUGGUAAAAGGGGUCCUUUGGAGCCUUCCUUGUAAAUGCACACAGCCCAACAGCCCAUUUUUGGUUGUUGUGCCUUUCAGAGCCAGAGUGGGUUUGAAUGUGCCAGCCAGGAGACAGUCCUGGAUGGCAGGCAUCCAAGGGGACAACUCGGAUAAUCAUGGCUGGCAUAAAGUGAGUUCCCAUAUCAUGGCUUCCCAUGGAUUGUCUCGUUUCAUUUUCAUCUUUGUCUUGCAAAGGUAUUGUCCUCUAAUCCAGUGGGGAAACAGCUUAGAAGGGUCUGGAAGGACGCUUAAGGCUGUAGGUAACAGAGGCCUGACUCUAGAGUCCACCCUUGCUGAUGGACCCUCACGGAAGCCUGAGGCGGGCUCCCCACCCAGUUCACAGCUUUGGCUGCUCCUGGUUUGGGCUUGCCUGUACCAUAUGCUGAUAAGGCUUUUCAUGUGAGGCCCCAGAUUGGCCCCAUGCAUGGCCUUGGUGAGAGGGCUAAAGAAUGUUCUUGCUGCCAGGCAGGAUGGGGCCUUGGUGAGGAGCAGGUGCCUCCCUCACCUGUGAGGAACACAGGAGGUGAGCUUUCACCCCAGCAUUCUGCAGGUGCCAACUUGCCACAGCACUUACGAGCUCAGCGGCCAUUCAAGGCCUAUGGGGUUGGGCAUAUCACAUUGGAUGCUACUUCUUUGUCACCUCAGGCAAGUUGUUAAAGCCUUGGGUGCUUCUGUUUUUGAAUCCUUAGAAUCGGGUUUAUCUUACCUGCCUGUAGAGGCCAUCACAAGGAUUGUAUGAGGUAAUAUACGUAAAGCCCAUCUCUGGGAAGGAGCCAACAGUCAAUGGUGCCUCAUUAUUAAUGGCUGCUAGUGUGAGCUCUGUACUAACCCUUAUCCUAUUGCCUGUCAGAUUCUGUUUAAUGGUACGCGCUAAGACGAUGUCUCUAGUUUAAGGAACGAACUUGGUCUAUCUCUGGUCUCUGGUGCUUGGUACAAACUCAAUAGUUAAUAAAGGCAUUGAGUGAAUAUCAACA